AUGGAGUCAUCCUUUGCUCCCAAUCAAAGGAAUGAUACCAUAGUUUUAAGCUUUGUAGAUAACAUAGACAGGAUGUUGAACCUUACAUCAUCACAAUUUCCACAACUUCAAUAUUCUGGAGUAUUCUCUUUGAGUGAAUUGACAUUCCAAAGAUUCAAACAGAUGGUAGUUGUAUUUGCCAACUAUCGAUCAUUCACACCAAUACUCAAACUACUAAAGUCCAAAGAGAAGAAGACAAGAGAUCAUGUUAUGUCCCUAUUAUGGAACUUCUCAGCCGAGGAGAGCCUAAAGAUCAAAUUAUUUGAUGAAGGAAUAUUGGACUAUUUGUUGGAUGGAUUGGACAAAUUGGGAGAGGAACAGACAUUGUCUUCAUCGGCAAUUAUACAGAACUUGUCAGAGUUUAGAUUCGAGAGAGGUAUUAUUAAUCCAAAUCAAUUGAAGAUUGUACGCAACAAGACUUUGAUGAACUUGUUGAUCAAUAGAUCAAGGUCCAAUGAUAAGAAGAUUAAGUUCCUCACAUGUUUGACCAUUUGCAACCUAUCGAUGCAUGAUGAGAUCCGCAAUAUAUUCAUUCAAGAAGACUACUUCAAACCUAUCGAAGAGUUCCUCGAGGCCUACAUCGAAGAUACACAAUUCCCAGGUACAUUCAACUGGGUAACUCUACAGCCACACGUUCCACUACUAGAUAGCAAAGAUAUCUUAGUUCAACGAUUUGUAUUAUAUUGUAUUUAUAGCUUUGCCACUGGAUCGAGGUAUGAUAGGUCAUUAUGGAAGUCAAUGAUGGAGAACAAGGGUGUACAGUCAUUGCUCAGACAUUGUAAAUCAAAGGAUGAGUUGGUCCGAAACUAUGCCGUAAACAUUGCACAACAACUUAAUAUUGGAGAAGUGCAAUCCAUUGUAGUUGAGGAUGAUGAGGAUGAGAUGAGGAGGAACUUGAUGAAUCUCUAUCAACAAGGACUAUUCACAGAUUUUAUUAUUAGGAGUCCUGUACAUGGUGAUGUCAAGAUACAUAAGUCAAUAUGUUUGACAAGAUGUCCAAAGUUGCGUGAUGUGAUCAAGAUAGAGGAUAACAACAUACUUAGGGAGAUGUCUGAGAAUGGUAUAUUGAUCGAUGUUAUCAAGGUAGAUGACGAGGAUACAUUCGAAUGUUUGCGAGAUGUUGUUAGUAGCCUUUAUGGAUUCCUUCCACAGUUGACACCGGAGCGUGGUAGACGUCUACUUCAUUAUGCCAAUCGUCUUGAUCUCAUCGAAUUGAAGCAACACUGCGAGUUCUAUCUAUGGCACCAUCUUGACGUUGACAAUGCAGGCGAGUACCUUGAGCUGGCGCUCAGCAGCUCGGCCAACCAGUUGCAAAAGGUAGUGAUCGAGUAUAUCAUGCGCAAUCUUACAUCUAUAUAUCUUGGAAAUGUCAAUCAUCUAAAGUCAAUGGCUUCAUCAACAUCGACGAUAGGUAUUCGUCCAGAUCUUUGCAAUGUUGACAACAAGAGUCAAUGGAAGGGAGAGUGGAGCAAUAGGUCAAUAGACUAUAUUGUGGAGCACUACCAACAAGUAUCCACCAGACAUAAGAAAGAGAUAUUCCAACUUAACAAGGAAGUGUCAGAACUACAAUCAAUCUAA